AUGCCAUCCCCUGAAUCGUUACAUGGCUUCCUACCAUCGGAACAGUUUUCAGUAGAUUCCCAGUCAGGCGAACAGAACGGCUCGAGCGCGUCCAACACCGCCCGAGGUUCAGACUCCUUUGACACCGCCACAACUGCCGAUACCAUCUCAGAAGACAAGCAGAACGCAAAAGCCAAGAUGGCAGCCACAGGGAUGGCGGAAACCAAUGAGAUCAAUGGCACGCCCCAUUCAAACGGCACGAGUGGCUCUGCGCAAAGUAGAAAGCGAUCCCGCGACGGGUCAGUCAUUCAGGCCUCCGACGUGUCCGGAGUCCUGGCUGUACGUACACGCGAAACACCAGUCGAAAAAAUUUUGUUGGAGCAGUAUGUGAACCGCGAAUUUGAAUACGCAGCUGCGGCUGCCUGGCAAAAUCCAAGCCAGGAGAUUCAACGACAGAAACAGUCAGAACGUGAUUUCUACUUGCGAUUACGGCGCGAGUAUCAAGCGAACCCGGCAGUCUUGUACGGAAUGGGAUAUGAGGGAUUCGGGAACCCACGGACGGAUAGGGGAAGUCAAAUUCCUCAGCUCUUGUACCCAUCCAACCGACGUCGGCCUGGAAACCGAAAGACACGGGAAUUGCGAGUCUCCCGCCGGGAUCUGAAGGUGCAGAGUGAGCAGAUUGAGGACCUUGUUCCUAUUCGGCUCGACAUCGAUUACGAGAAGAUCAAGAUUCGCGAUACCUUCACCUGGAACCUUCAUGAUCGGGUUGUGUCUCCGGAUCUAUUCGCCGAGAAGCUUGUUGAGGAUCUAGGUCUCCCUUUGGAGACAUCGGGCCAUCUCAUUCGUGAGAUUACCAAGAGCAUUCAAGACCAGAUUGUGGAUUAUUAUCCUCAGAUCUAUAUGCAUGAGGAACCCCUGGACUCGCAUCUGCCGUUCACUGCAUAUAGAAACGAAGAGAUGCGCAUACUAGUCAAGUUGAACAUCACGAUCGGGCAACACACCCUCAUCGAUCAGUUUGAAUGGGACAUCAAUGACCCUCAGAAUUCACCUGAGGAGUUCGCUCUGCGCAUGACGAACGAUCUCUCCCUCUCAGGUGAAUUUACGACCGCCAUCGCUCAUUCUAUCCGUGAACAGUCUCAAAUGUUUACCAAGUCUCUUUACAUUGUCGCACAUCCCUUCGAUGGUCGCCCCAUUGAAGAUCCCGAUCUCAGCGCCUCUUUCCUUCCCACUCCCGUUUCAUCUGCCUUCCGACCUUACCAAUCAGCCAAGGAGCACACGCCAUAUCUUUACGAAUUGAACGAAACAGACCUUGAGCGAACUGAGAUCUCAAUCUCUCGAGAUCUACGUCGCCAGAAGCGGUCGAUCAACCGUCGCGGUGGCCCUGCUCUCCCCGAUCUCAAGGACCGUCAACGUACGAUCCGGACCUUGGCUUUAUCGUCUGUCAUUCCAAAUUCUGCUGCCACUAUCGAGGAGAGCAACGUGAUCAAACGUUCGGGCUCCGGCCGGCGUCGUGGAGUGACAACACGUGGUGACGAUGAAUCAGACGAAUUUGAUAGUGACGAUUCUUCUGUUGGUUCCCCCGCGAUUGGCCCGCAUCUUGCCCAGGGAACCGCCCGAACAAGAGGCAUGCGAGGCGCUGCCACGGCUGCUCAUGCAGCUCUGCGUGCUAGUUUGGGUCAAUCAGCCACCCCCGAGCCGGUCCUUCAUGAGCCUCGAAUGUCUUCUCGGCGGCAAACGUACAGGGAGGAAAGUGUUGAAGAGCCCGAAAGGUUGAUCGUGAGGUUCAAGCUUUCUCGAGACAGACUUGUUGCUCUGAGAAAUGGACAGCGCAUCGCUGGCCACCCAUCCUCCGCCCAUGCAGCGAACGCCAUGGCACCACCGUCUGCCCAGUCUCGACAAGCUGCGCACCACCCCCGACUUCAACAAACCGGAGCCGUGGACGCACCGAACCCGCCCCAGGCUGGGGUACCAGGUCCCCCACCACCAAGCUGGCUCCAGGCUGGCCUCAAUAAGUUGAAACAGUCCCAUCCCAAUGACUCGUUUGAGGGCGUGAUGCGCUAUUCCGCCGUGGAUAUCGAAACUCUUGCCCCCGUGGCCAAUCCCAACACCCUAUCUUCCGGCCAGAAGAUCAAAUAUCAAUAUCUUCCUCGCAUCCGCUGUCAUGAUUGCCCCGGCAAACUUUACACACCUGGACCGGGCAUGACAGUUGAUAACUUUGAAGUCCACCUUCGCAACCGACAGCAUAAGGAGCGCGUUGAGGAGCGCAUCGUGAAGACUGGUGGUGUUCCCCUCUCCUCCAGCGGUCACAGUGCUAGCGCCAGUCCGGCACCUGGUGCGAGGGCAUCGGCGAGUGCGAGUCCUGCUCUAGGCGCAGCCCAAUCUCCUGCCAUGGGAUCGCAGUCAUAG